UGAUUUGGCGCGUGUAUUUACUUUCUCUGCCUCGAUUUUUACCUUCGUCUUUCUACGAGCCACCGCUCUGUGUCCCUCAUAUGUCUCCGCCUUCUUGUCUCGUCUCACGCCGCAUGCGCUCCAAGCCCUAAAACCUUACCUUCCGAUCCGUAGGAAUCUCUUCUGUUAUUCAGUCAAGCGAAGCUGAGAUAUCUAGGCCUUGCAUCUGCUGAUCCCUUUGUUCUUUGAUUCAAUAGUUGUAAGAGAGGAUGUUCAACUAUCAUCGUGUUGUGAGCGGGGCUCUUUUGUAAUUUGUUCUGUUCUGUACAACUGAUCAGCUGAGGCUGGGAAUUAAAUUAUAAUCUUCGUAAUGGAUCGGUGUGAUACUUCAGGGUUUGUGAGUGGGGGGGUGCUGUGUGCACUCCUAAAUCCAUCUAGCCCUAAUCUUGUAGCUGAUUCUUUCACCUGGAAGUCAGAUGGCUGUUCAAUUAUAGUUGAGUUUUAGGUUUGGAUAUCACACAUUUGCUUGCUUCAUGGACCCCAGGUUCCCAAAUUUUGGUUUUGCUGCUAAUUAUUCUUCCAAUGCAUUUAAGGCAUUGGGCUCUUCAAUUCAAACUGGAAGAGCUGAGGCUGAGUACUGCACAGAUACAAUGUUACGUCUUGAUUCCACUGGUCCUUCAAUCCCAAACAUUACAGGUUCAAAGGGCGUCAAACGUAAGUGGGGUUUGAUCAGUGGAUCCAUCAAUCAGCAAGCAGGCUCUUCAUUGUCUCUAGGGCUGGGCCUCUCAUCAAGUUCCUCUGACAGCAAGGGGAGUUCAGCAACUGCUUGCACUACGAUGUCUUCAGCCAAAGAAACUGAUGAUGAGUCCUCCAUGGAUCUUGAAUUGAAUUUCACGCUCCAUCUUGGCAGUGAAAAGAUGUCCAGCCCAAAGAAAUCUGCUAAUGCACAUUUGAAAGGGUGGGAACUAGAACACAAGGUUGACCUGGGGUUAAGUCUCUCAUCAGGUCCCUCCGAAUCAGAUAUCACUAGCAUUCAUAUGAACUCAUCUCUUUUUGGCAUGGAGAUUCCACUGACUGUUGGUGCAUCUCCAACUGCUGAUGAAGGAGCAACAUCAUCUCGUUGGAAAACAGGGACUGGUUUGAUGCCUAUGCAGACUUCAAAGCUCAAAGAGGUAAGUUUCUUCUUUGAUCAGGUUCCAGGAAAUAGUGAUCGAACUUACAUUGUUCCAGACCAAUCGUCAAGUGUUAUAACAACACCAACAAGUUCGGUCACCUGCACUUCUGGUACACCAAAGCAGCAACAUCGCAGCUCUAGUUCGAAGACAUGCCAGGUUGAGGGAUGCGGAAAGGGAGCCAGAGGUGCUUCUGGCCGGUGUAUUUCUCAUGGUGGUGGUCGUAGGUGUCAGAAGACUGGCUGCCAUAAGGGAGCUGAGGGUCGGACUGUAUACUGCAAGGCUCAUGGGGGUGGCCGACGUUGUGAAUUUCUUGGGUGCACUAAGAGCGCAGAGGGCCAUACAGAUUUCUGUAUUGCACAUGGUGGUGGGCGGAGAUGCAGUCGUGAGGGAUGCACCCGAGCUGCCAGAGGGAAAUCAGGAUUGUGCAUCCGGCAUGGUGGAGGCAAGAGAUGCCAGAAAGAAAAUUGCACAAACAGUGCUGAAGGCUUAUCUGGUCUAUGCAUUUCACAUGGUGGUGGUCGUCGAUGUCAAGCAUUGGGAUGCACGAAAGGGGCACAAGGGAGUACGAUGUUCUGCAAGGCACAUGGUGGUGGCAAACGGUGCACAUUUUCAGGGUGCACUAAAGGUGCUGAAGGGAGCACUCUUUUUUGUAAGGGCCAUGGAGGAGGGAAAAGAUGUGUGUUUCAGGGUGGUGGGGUUUGUACAAAGAGUGUGCAUGGGGGGACCAACUUUUGUGUUGCACAUGGCGGUGGUAAGAGGUGUGCUGUUCUUGAGUGCACAAAAAGUGCAAGAGGACGGACUGACUAUUGCGUCCGUCAUGGUGGUGGCAAGAGGUGCAAGUUUGAAGGAUGUGGUAAGAGUGCACAAGGUAGCACAGAAUUUUGCAAGGCACAUGGUGGAGGGAAGAGAUGCUCUUGGGGCCAUCCUGGUUCAGAAUAUGGCAACCAACCUACUGGUCCAUGUAACUCAUUUUCGAGGGGCAAAACAGGUCUUUGUGCACUUCACAGUGGACAAGUGCAGGAUAAAAGGGUUCACGGCGGUGUCACUUUGGAGCCUAUGGUUGUGGACCCUAAACUAAGCAAGUCUGAGAGUAUAAAAGAGGUCAUUGAUGUCGAAGACAUGAAUGUUGAUGUUGUAAAAAUGGGGAAUUCUGUAGGAAACUUGGCAGUUAGAUCAUAUUCUGAUUUGAAGCAACAGGAAUCGCCGAAUGCCCAUAUAAUUGAUGGGAAAGGAGGCCUCUCAGCAGUGCCAGAUUUUGUUCCAGAAGGUAGGGUCCAUGGGGGAAGUUUGUUGGCAAUGCUUACAGGCAGUUCUGGUCCUGGCUCAAGCAGGCAGCAGCUCCAACGGUUUGACUGGUGAACCAUCGGAGUCUAGUCAAUCUUGCACGAUGCCCCAAAGCUGGAUGUGAGAUUUUUUCUUGUUUGAUGUUGUUGUCUUUGCAGAGUUCUCUGCUCAUUUGUGUCCUUCGCUUUAGUGUGUUCAGGCGUUGAGUUAUUAGUUCUCAUUCCUUUUUGCACAGGUCAUGGGACAGUGAUUAAUUUGGGUCAGGUCGUUUUGUUCUUUCUUGUAAAUAUCUAUAUAAUGUCAGUAUGUCAUUGUGGUAACAGCCUACUAAGUACUAACAGGUUAUAGCACCUGUAAGGUCAGUUUGUGGAACACUGGUUAUAAUAAAAGGCAUUUGGGAACGUAGGUGUACUUAAUAUU